AUGUUCCUGUGGCGAAGAGAGGGCUUUCCAGAAGAGCAACGCCCCUUCCAAAAGAUCUAUGGCCUAAGUGCUGAAAAGGUCCAAGAACUCCGGUCUACUGAACAUCCGUUCAUCCUCCGUGUGUUGAACAUUGUUGGCUACGCCCAUCUUUCGGGAAGAAUCGCCCUCGGGGAGGAAGAGCUGGAGAAAUUGUUCGACGGCGUCGUGGAGCUGGUGAAUAAUGGUGAGAUUGGGAAGGCAGAGAGACAGUAA